AUGGCCGGCUACAGCGCCUCGUUCACCCCAGGAGGCGGCCUGCACCCGAUCCUGCACCUCUCGGUCCCUUCUGCACCCGCACCCGCACCCUCCUGCGCCCUGCACGCCCUUGUCGCCGUCCCGCCAGAGCUCAUCGCCGACCGGUACCAGCUCUCACAGCUCGAGCGCGACGGGCGGCUCGGCAGCGCAGGGAUCGGCGGACAAGCAGUGUGGCACGCCGGAGAGGGCGACCUCGAGGCGCCGGCGUGGUGCGCGGGGCCGGCGAGCGUCCUCGUGCGGUUGAGCAACGGCGGGGCAGGCGAGCGCGACGGGCACGGCGCGGACAAGACGGCCGAGAAGGAGCGGGACCAGGUCAUCGAGGUCGACGUUCCGCUACACUUGCGGUACCAGGAGCCGGUCGAGCGGCGGUGGCUCGCGGGCGGCGCGAGGGCCGACCCGAGGCUCGUCGUGGUCGAGGUGCCCUGGGUCUUCUGGGCGUGCGCGGCAGCAUGCCUCCGUCUCGCAUCAUCCUCCUCGUCGACCUGCCCUCCUUCUCGCCCUCCACCACUCGUCCUCGUCGCCCCAACCGGCGUCCUCACCGACCUGCCGCUCGUCGAGGGCGUCACGGCCGCCGCCGUGUGGGCGUGCUUUGCCUUCCUGUGCUGGACUGCCGUGCGAGCGUAUCGAAGAGGAGCCGUAGCAGGGCAAGUGCGCAAAGAUAAAGCGGCUUGAGCGCCAUGCCGAGCGCCAAACGAG